GGACGUCCAGCCGCAGCGCGGGGGCCCAUCCGGUUUAUUGCUCUGAAUGCUGUGUCCGCUUACCCGCCGCGUGGGCAGGGGGCGGGCGUGGGCGUUCGGUGCCAGCCGCUCAUGACCCUCAGAGACCAAGGAUGGGUUCUGGAGACCCGAGUGGCUGAGCUGGAGGAGCUGAGGGAGACAGAGAGGGACCUAGACUUUCCCCCACCCCCGGUCUGACACCCUCUGUGCUGCGGAGGGGGAUGAAAGUCUCGGGGAAGGAGAACAUUCAGCUGGAGCAGAGGGAGACGAUCCAGUCGCUGGGCCCCUCCUUCCAGAUGAUCAUGGUGUCCUCUGACACCGAGGCUAGCCCUCCGGGGGAGGGGACCCCAGUUAUUAGGAAGCGACGGGUAAUACUCAUGGGCGAUUCGAGCGUCAGAAAUAUAGAGUCGGGUUUGCGAUGACUGGGAGAACUGCAUGGCGAAUUGGCUGCUGGGUGCGAAGGUUGCGGACCUCUCGAGACGUCAGGACAGACUUACGUGCAGUGCUGGGGAGGAGCCGGUGGUCGUGGUACAGGCUCUAGGUAUUUGACAGCCUGCCCAGAGGAGGUUUUGCCCAUUAAAGCAUGAACGUUGGACAUGGCUGCCCCCCGUUGCUGCUCCCGGAGGGGGCCGCCACCUCCCCGUCCCUCUAGGAUGCCCUGGAAGUCGGUCCUGCUGCUGGGGCUUUGGUUGCCCUCGCUGGCGUGGGCCGGAGCUUCGCCCACUUCCUGCCCGGCCGCCUGCUCCUGCAGCAACCAGGCCAGCCGGGUGAUCUGCACGCGCCGGGAGCUGGUGGAGGUGCCGGAGAGCAUCUCCAUCAACACGCGGUACCUCAACCUGCAGGAGAACAACAUCCAGCUCAUCAAGACCGACACCUUCAAGCACCUGCGGCACCUGGAGAUCCUGCAGCUGAGCAAGAACCUGAUCCGCAAGAUCGAGGUGGGCGCCUUCAACGGCCUGCCCAACCUCAACACGCUGGAGCUCUUCGACAACCGCCUGGCCACGGUGCCCACCCAGGCCUUCGAGUACCUCUCCAAGCUGCGGGAGCUCUGGCUGCGGAACAACCCCAUCGAGAGCAUCCCGUCCUACGCCUUCAACCGGGUGCCCUCCCUGCGCCGCCUGGACCUGGGCGAGCUCAAGAAACUGGAGUAUAUCUCCGAGGCGGCCUUCGAAGGGCUGGUGAACCUGCGGUACCUGAACCUGGGCAUGUGCAACCUCAAGGACAUCCCCAACCUGACGGCGCUGGUGCGGCUGGAGGAGCUGGAGCUGUCGGGCAACCGGCUGGACAUGAUCCGCCCCGGCUCCUUCCAGGGCCUCACCAGCCUGCGCAAGCUGUGGCUGAUGCACGCCCAGGUGUCCACCAUCGAGCGCAACGCCUUCGACGACCUCAAGUCGCUGGAGGAGCUGAACCUGUCCCACAACAACCUCAUGUCGCUGCCCCACGACCUCUUCACUCCCUUGCACCGGCUGGAGCGGGUGCACCUCAACCACAACCCCUGGCAUUGCAACUGUGACGUCCUCUGGCUCAGCUGGUGGCUGAAGGAGACGGUGCCCAACAACACCACCUGCUGCGCCCGCUGCCACGCCCCGGCCAACCUCAAGGGGCGUUACAUCGGCGAGCUGGACCAGAGCCACUUCACCUGCUACGCGCCGGUCAUCGUCGAGCCGCCCACCGACCUCAACGUGACGGAGGGGAUGGCGGCGGAGCUGAAGUGCCGGACGGGCACCUCCAUGACCUCGGUCAACUGGCUGACGCCCAACGGGACGCUGAUGACGCAUGGCUCGUACCGGGUGCGGAUUUCCGUCUUGCACGAUGGCACGCUCAACUUCACCAACGUGACGGUGCAGGACACGGGGCAGUACACCUGCAUGGUGACCAACUCGGCCGGCAACACCACGGCGUCGGCCACCCUCAACGUCUCGGCCGUAGACCCGGCCGCCACCGGCUACACCUACUUCACCACCGUCACCGUGGAGACGCUGGAGACGGCCCAGGAGGACGCGCUGCCCACCAAGAAGGAGCCGGGCCCCACGCCUGCUGUGGGCUGGGACGUGACCUACUCCACCACCUCCUUGACGCCCCGCUCCACCCGCUCCACGGAGAAGCCCUACACCGUGCCCAUCACCGACGCGGCCGAGGGCGGCAUGAAGGACCUGGACGACGUGAUGAAGACCACCAAGAUCAUCAUUGGCUGCUUCGUGGCCAUCACCUUCAUGGCGGCCGUCAUGCUGAUCGUCUUCUACAAGCUGCGCAAGCAGCACCAGUUCCACAAGCACCACGGCCCCACCCGCACCAUCGAGAUCAUCAACGUGGAGGACGAGCUGCCGGCCGCGGCCGGCGCCCCCGGCGACAGCCACCUGGCCCUGCCGGCCCUGGAGCACGACCACCUCAACCACUACGCGGCCUUCAAGGCCCACUACAACAACAACGCGGGGGCCCUGGCCUGCGCCAAGAACCCGCUACUGAACUCUAUCCACGAACCUCUGCUGUUCAAGAGCAGCUCAAAGGAGAACGUGCAGGAGACGCAGAUCUGAGGACGGGGACGCCCCUCGCGGCCUGCCUUCCCCCCUCCGCCCGCCCCGACCAUGCGGCCCACCCGCCCGCCCGCCCCCCAG